AUGGAAGAUUCUGUAACAAAUGGUAAAAGACUUGUCCGACUUGUUGUUCCAAAGCAAGGGUACACGAAAGAUGAGAUGGCUGGAGCAAACGCUGGGUGCAGCAGCCCUGAUAACCAUUGCAGCCAUAACACACCUCAGUGGUUAUCUGACCCUUACAUGAGUGAUGACACAUUUCCAUUCCCUGUGUUGAAUGAUAUUUCGGACCUCGAGAAUGCAAUCAGUCAGAAAAUGUCCCCAAAAAUUGGAAGACAGUCUAGAACCAAACGAGAGCUGUCAUCGUUAUCGUCGUCUCACUCUCCUCUCUUGAACAUGGACGAUUACGUGGAGAAACGGAUUGCAGAGUUCGUGUCCACCUUAAACAAGUGGCGACGACAAGCCGAGGAAGAAGUUGCAAACAAUGGUACUGGAAAUGGUCAGGUUGAAUCACAAGAAGUCACAGCAACAACCACGACAGAAAGCUCACCUCUCGAACAAAAUGAGGAGGCUGAACAGCUUUCUGAAACAUCAUCUCCUUCCCCACAUGUCGGAAACGACGACGAUGACGAGGCUGCUGAAGCCGUUGAUGGGGACGUGACCAAAUCCACUACUGAUGCUCCACUUACACAGUUCGAAAUUGAGCUACGUGGCGUAAUGAAGCUAGUCGACACGAUGGAAAAUUAUCACGUUGGAUCCCGAGAAAAGCUUAAAACGGAAAAGUUGUUCAGUUCGAUGUUUAAAAUUGCGGGUUCAGUGCAAAGUAGUCGCGAUCGAAAGAUAGUUCCCCUUCAAUUCCUAAAGACUAAUGAACAACUACUGUCCACAGCUAUACACACGAUGGAACCAAACCAAUUGAUCAAGAUUGAUAGGAACCUAGAUUUACAAGUGUUGGAUGCAGUUGAACAGUGCCAAAAUUCACUUGGCAGGAAAGAUGGUCUCCGCUUUAUUGUUGACAACAACAAGUGUCCACCAGAGGUGACAUUGUUCAUUCAUCCCACAACGCUCAAAAAGAUUCCUCUCGCAACCAUAAAGAAAGAAUUACCGCUUGACCUGAUCUACAACAGGGACGAGGAAGACUAUGUUUUGAGCGUGGCUUGGAAAGUGGCGGACAUUGCGUACACUUCUUGCUACGUGUAUUGGAUGGACAACAACAUGAGAACAAUUCCAUUCAAACUGUUUGGAUUUGUGGAAAAUCUGUUUGAGCAGAAAACAUUUCAGGAAGCAAUGUAUCCUGCGAAUAAAGAUGGGCUCGAGAAGUAUAACGGAGUGAUCCCCACGGAGAAAGAGUUGGUGGACAUCAUGGUGGAUUUGGACGCCCUGGUAGCUGCUGUUCACCACGUUUCCAGAUUCAAAGAAUAUUUUACAAAGCCAAACAAUAAAAAAGAACGCAAUAGUGACAAAAAGAAGAAUAGAAGGAAAAGCUCGAUCGAAAGCCUAAAAUAUUUUGAAGUUUUUAAUGCUCAAGCGUACUGCUUACAACAAUUGAAUUCAAACUUGAAGCCGACUUAUCACAAUACAUAUCCCAGGAUUAUGAAAAUAUGCUAGCAUUAGUGGAUCAAGAAUCAUAAUUUGAUUGAUUUAUUGACUUAUUUAUUACGAGGAAUUUCCUUGAAGGAAAAAUAAAAGUCGUUACGUAUCAAGGAUGACAUUCAGGGUCAAAGUUUACAUGACACUAUUC